AUGGUGAUUUUCAGAUAUCAAUACGUCUUCUUGCUACUUCCUUUACUAAUAAAUGGAGAAUCGAACAGUGAAGCAAAUACUGCAAAAGAAAAUACCACUCAUAGUUGUCCCUUUACAAGAAUAAUUGAAGACAUAUUUAGAAUUCAAAAGAAAUAUUCAGAACGUCCUUUAAAAGAUGGUGAAAAGGCAAAAUUAUUACUUAGUACAAUUACCAAUCAUACAACCUACAAUAAUACUCAUAUAUCAAUUCAAGACGAAUUGGUAAACGACAUUAUUGCAUCUAUAAACAGAAUUAAAAAUAAUACUACGUUACAAAUAGACUCAAACGAAACUAGACUUAACGAAGCCAUCAUUUUAAAAGUGCCUGAAAUAAAUAGUAAAGACAAUAAAAACGCGACUAAAAGUGAAUAUGAUUUUAAACACAAUAAAAAUACCACUCAUGUCAAAAGCGGAAUUGAAGAUAAAUUGGAUGUCCAAUCUCUUGAAAGCUCUCAACGUGAGUUCGACGAGCAAAAGCUUAACAUAAAAGAAAUAACUAAUACUAAAAACACAACAAAUAAAACAGGUUAUGCAGAAAUUUUAACAAUAGAACCUAAUAAUACAAAUCAAAUAUCCCAACACAACAUUAUCGAAGUUCUUAAACAUUUAAUGCCUAUGUUUAACACUUCAUCAAACAAAGAACUUCAUAGUGUAACUAUAAUAGAACGAAACCAGAGCAAAAAUCAUUUAAUUUCCGAAACUAAAAAUGUUUCAACGAUUGUAGUUCAAUAUUGUGACAAAGGUAAUCAUACAGCAGCAAAUUUAUCGAUUAACAUGGAUAAAAUAAACACAACUAACUCUGAAAAUGCCGGAGAAGAUUAUUUAGACGCUAAUAAAGAAUUACCAAUUAUUGAUCAAGAAAAUAUUGAAGAUGAUUACUAUCCAGGCAAAGAUAGCUCAGAUUACAGCGAAGAACAGGAAGACCCAAAUGCUAAUUCAACAACCAACAAAAAGAAAGACGUCUUAGAAGCUGCUGAGUAUGGAAUGCAGAAAAUGCAUGAACUCUACAGUGUAUUCGAACCAAAAUUGUACUCAAUGGGUAUUUGGUUAGACGACACAAAUCCGGCGCGCUAUGUUGCUGCUUUCAACGCGCCCUCGGAGGACAUUGCCAGAUACACCCGUUAUGGUUAUGCAACUUUGCAGGCUGCCACAAAAUUGAAGGAACUGAAUAGUGGCAACGAUGAUGACAGUCUGGAGAGUAGAGCAGAAGAACCACACUUUCCAAACGCAAGUGCCUUGCGGCAAUCGCCAUUGCUGGAGCAGUGUCCGCAUCGAAGCGCGCCAAAAUGUCCGCCAGCUUCCAAACGAUACCGCACCCAUGAUGGUACUUGCAACAAUUUAAGCCGUCCACAAUGGGGCUCUACCUUGACACCCGUUCAGCGUUUCCUUCAGCCUUCUUAUUCCGACGGAAUACAAGAACCUCGGCGUUCGAUCUUCGGCAGCAAAUUACCCUCCGCCCGUGAGAUAAGCUCCCUCGUACAUGAAGACCAGAAUGUCGAGCAUCCUGUCAUCACGCAUCUAUUGAUGCAAUGGGGCCAGUUCCUCGACCAUGAUGUGACGUCCUCUUCUCAGUCCCGAGGUUUUAAUGGAUCAGUGCCAAGAUGCUGUAAGGAUGGUGGGCGGGACUUUAUGCCAAAAGAGCUUAUGCAUCCUGAGUGCAUGCCUAUCGCGGUCCCAGCUUCGGAUCCAUUCUACGGGCCGCGAGGAGUCCGAUGCCUGGACUUCGUACGUUCGUCUCCAGCACCACGGGACGACUGCGCGCUUGGCUGGCGCGAACCAAUCAACCAGGUGUCUGCAUACAUCGACGCUUCACCGCUCUACGGCAGCUCUGCGAGGCAGUCCGACAAACUCAGGCUAUUUAGAAACGGCAUGUUGCAGUACGGGCACGUGGUGCAGCGACGGCCAGUGUUGCCAGCCGGCCGGCGAGACGAGCUGUGUCGCGGCGGUGCGGUGUCCGUGGACUGCUUCAAGUCCGGCGACGGACGCGUCAACGAGCACCCCGGCCUUGUCGCUGCGCACAUAGUGUGGCUGCGGCAACACAACAGAAUGGCGCAAGAACUGGCGCACCUGAACCCACAUUGGAGCGACGAAAAAAUCUACCAGGAGACGCGGAAGAUCGUCGGCGCCAUGGUACAGCACAUCAGCUACAGAGAGUUCUUGCCAAUUGUUUUAGGGUCGGAAGUGAUGCGAUUGUUUGAACUGGAUCUGUUGGAAAAAGGAUACUACAAAGAUUACAACCCGAAAAUCAACCCCAACCCGGCGAGCGCGUUCGGUUCAGCCGCGUUCCGGUUCGGCCACAGCCUGGUCCAGCCGUCCAUGGUUCGAUUCGACCGGUUUCAUAGGCCUAUGAGCAACAACGUUUCCCUUCACGAUGAGAUAACAAACCCAUCAAACAUUUGGAGCAUGGGCGCUGUGGACCGGCUGCUGAUCGGCAUGAUCAACCAACCCAUACAGAAACGCGACGAGUUUAUCACAGAGGAACUCACCAACCAUCUGUUCCAAACUCCUCACUUCGACUUCGGAAUGGACCUAGCCGCCAUAAACAUACAGAGGGGAAGGGACCACGGGGUGCCUCCGUACACCACCUGGAGGGAACCAUGCGGUCUGUCGGCUAUACGGGACUUCGAGGACUUGGUCAGAGUGAUGCCGAUGAGAGUUGUGAAGAAGCUGAAGAAAUUGUACAGACAUAUAGAUGACAUAGAUCUUUUCACUGGAGGUAUGGGCGAAAGACCGGUUAUAGGAGGUUUGGUGGGACCAACUUUUGCCUGUAUCAUAGCGCAACAGUUCUCAAAUCUACGUAAAGGCGAUCGAUUUUGGUAUGAGAAUGGAGGUUUCGAAUCAUCAUUCACUCCAGCACAACUACAGCAAAUACGCCGAAUAUCGUUAGCUCAAGUACUCUGCCGUACCCUUGACAGUAUCGACAGUAUUCAGCCUUUCGUUUUCCUAUCACCCGACAACCCUGACAACGCGAGAAUCUCCUGUCACAACGGACUGCUAAACAACUUUGACUUAUCUCCAUGGGUUGAAAUCAACUCAGACUCAAACAACGACAUCAAAAAAUCUGACAACGACAUCACUUUUGCUCAAAAACCUAUGACUAAACGACCGACUACGACAGUAAAACCGCUGACUACUAAAAAAAGACAAAAAUUCACUGCGGCAAUUAAUACUUCACAAAACGGACCGACUGUACUGAACAACGUGACCAAACCUCACAAAGUUAGUCACAAACUUAACAAUACAGACAUAAACCUAACUAACACUGACAUUAAUACAACUGACGACAAACUGACAAUGAACGCAACAACAAAACCGAUAACAAACUUACAAGCAAUCGACGACAAACUUGACUUUAGAAACAAAAGCAGACGCUACAGUGACUUUGAAAGCAUCAUAACAAGACACCGUAAACCGACUAAUCAUUACAACAAUUACAACGACUAUGACGACAACGUGCAAAGUGUACAAUCAUUAGUCGUGAACAAUUUACAGCACCAACGACCCUAUAACAGACCAGUUAUUACAGUAACCGAAAACGUUGACAAAUACACAUACUUAAUCAACUACGUACCACGACCGACACAAUCUUGGAGACAUAGCACUAGGAAGACUCACGACAGGGACGUUGUUAAGGUGACUUAUCAGAAUUACGGCGAUACGUACGACAAACGACCGAACAGACCGUAUUACUAUGACAACAGACGACCAAACAAACCUUACUACAACAGAUACGACUCUGAUGAUGACAGUGACUCGUACAAACGUGAAAGACCCAACACAAAAUUGACAGACAACGUUAACUCAUCCGCUAGAUCCAAUGACUACGACUCAAAUACGACUAAAGACAAUACAGAUGUAAAUAAUGACAAAACUAAUCCCACUACUGAAAACUUUAAUAAACUAACGACUUUUAGCUACGUCGGUACAUACAGAGGCGACGGUACAGACCGACACACUAAUUUCGACAAAACCAACAUUGACGUAACCGAAAAAAAACACAACAGUUUAAGCAAAGACUUUACGACCUUCGAAACUAAAAAAUCUGAUACAGAACUGAACGAUGACGUGACCAGCACCGACAAAAUUUCUACAUUCUUUCUUUACGAAACAGCGACAAGACCGUACAACUUACACAGACCGACAAAACGUAGCGACGAAGGACAAAUUAACAUGAGCAAUAAAAACAAGUAUUACUACGUAAGAAAUGUUUUGCAUAAAUAUUCUGACGAGGACUUGUCUGAUACAAAAACAAACACUGCAGCUGAGCUGAGCUUGAUCGAGCAAAAUUAUAAUAAGCCCAGUAUUUCUAAUUUUGGAAUCGAAGAAAGAUCCGCCAUAAAUAAAAUGCCAUCAUUAGAAGAAACAAAAAGAGAUAACACAGGGCGACAAAAGUUAAAAGCUCAAAAGCCGAAAAAUCCAGCUCAAACACCUUCAGUCCACUUCCAGGUUAUGCCCAGUGAAAAUAGUCCAUCGCAGUGGGCAGUAUACGAAGAAAAUGAGGAUCUACAUGAAAGCUUAUCGCGUCGUAUGCCCUCUCUCAAAGCCGACCCUCACGCACUUUGGGAAAUACCGAGGCCUAUGGAUCUAUCGCGUCCUUUAAGACGUCGACCAGGAAGAAUGUAG